AGAGAGAGAGAGAGAGAGAGAGAGAGAACCAACCAACCAUUUUGGAAUUAAAACAACAUUAAUCCAACAUUAAAUCAACUAAACAAUUAGAAGCAUUUAGAGAGCCGAGUAUCCUUCCAUGGUUUCUGUCUAUCCUACUGUCUGCUGUAGCUGGUUUCUGUCUUUCAGCUUGUUUUGGAGGAACAGGAAGUAGUGAAAAAAAAAAAAAAAACUCCCAGAGCAAAACAAGGAAGUGCAGGCAGUGUGAGCAGCAGCAGAAGUCUGAGAUCAUCAUGUUUUGUGCUACAGCUCUGUGACAACAGGCCAGUCAGAAAGAACAGAAGUAAAAUUAACAAAAGCAAAGGGUGGAAGAAACUAAAGCAGGAACAACAACAACAACAGCACACAGUGAGACAUACGUCUGCAGCAGAGACAAAGGAAACAGAGUGACCACUUCAGAAAGAGGAGGUUCCACCCAGAUACUCACUGUCAUCCCGUGACGUUCUUCCCCACCAUGGAUGCAUCAGGAGGAUGCUGGGACAGCUGCCUGAACGAGGAGGACUUGCCGCAGAUGGACGGCACAUGCGAUGCGUGUGAACCGGACGAGCCUCAGCCGGCUGCGUGGGUCUGCGCACGCUGUCGCUUCGCCUUCUGCAGCAGCCACGCAGACAAACAUUCACAAAGCACCGGUCACCAACUCCAGCCGUACCACACGCCCGAGCCUCACCCGGAGAACGAGCACCUGCCGUCCGAAAACGCAGCAGAGGGAGCCACCGGACAGGAUGAGCAUCAAGUCCAGACGGGAGCAGGGAAAAGAGAGACUGUGACAGUGGAGAGGCUGAAGUGUAAGGAGCACGAUCAGGAGGGAUCGCUCUACUGUAAACACGACCAGCGGAUCAUCUGUGUGGUGUGUGCUGUGCAGGGAGAGCACCGAGAACACGAGAUCAUCACUCUCAGAGAGGCCUACCUGUGGCAGAAGAGCAAAGAAGGCAUCGAUCUGCUGGAGCGCACACAUGAAAUAUCAGAAAAGAUCAAGGCCAAAUGGAUCAGCCCAGAUAUGAGUGUGGAUGAGCUGGAGGAGUAUGUGAACCAGCAGUUCGACGAGCUGCACCGGCUGGUUCGUCUGGAGGAGUGGCGCGUCCUGCACCUGGUGGAUCUGAAGGAGGCCUUCCUCACUGCCCAGGCCGCCGAGAAGAUUUCUGAGAUUAGUGUCCACACGGAAAAACUUCAGGAGGAAAUGGAUUCCAUCACACAGCAGCUGAGCGACCUGGAUCAGAUGGAGCAGGAUGGAGUCGCCCCCAUGUCCCUCGCCCCGCUGUUGGCCCUCAGACCAGCACCCCUACCUGAACAAGUGGAGCCCAUCCCAAUGAUUCCUGAUUUGAGACUAAGAGCCAAUCAAAGGAGGGAGGAAGAUCCUUCAGAAGAUGAAGAGAGAGGAGACGCAUAUAUUGGACAUACACCCUGAAACUAAUGGCCAUUCUGACGCAUCUGUCUUUCUCCUUGCUUAUCUCACUUAUUGGGAUUAAAAACUAUGACUAUAGCUGAAUGUUACUGUUCUGAUCGUAUUGCUUAAUUUUAACCAGUUAUUUAAACAUUGCAGAUAAUUGUUUUAUCACAAACCAAUUAAUUUGGUAAUGCCCGGAAGGCAGGAAGAACACUGAAACACUAAACUUUAAAAGACUUUGUCUUUUGUCAUUUGUAUUGUUUUAAAAAAAAAAAAAAAAAAAAAUCAUGUUUUUAUGGUUUUAAACCAUGUCUUUUUUUUGUAACUGGUUUAAUUGUUUGAUUCAUGAAAUAUGGUCUCAUAUCCUGCAAACAUCAUCAUGCUAUACUUUGAUUCCAUUCAGCUUAAACAUUAUUAUGGAUUAUAUAUUUGGCAUAGCUGUUCAUUGUUUGAUGCAUUGUUUAUAUUCCAUUUGUUUGCUUCUUUUUCUUUAUCAGAAAGAACUGUACUGAUGCCAGUAUACCAAAUAUAUUUCAACCUUGAUUGUAACCUGAUGCUAAACCAUUUCUUGCGUUUGAAUAUCAGCAUGCUGGGCCUGGAAUCGGCUUGUGUACAUUUUCCUCACCAUUUUUAAAUAUAUAUUUUUGUUUCUUACA